CUGUGCUCUUCCGCUCUCCACGACGUAGAGUUUAUGUUCUUUGACUGUCUUCAAUUCGUGGCAUUCGUUCUUUCGCAGGGAGUCCGCCAUUGUUGGCGCAUCGAUUUGUGACAUAGCUAAGGAAAUCGUCGAACAUCCAAAAUGGUGAACUUUACUGUAGAUGAGAUCCGUGUUAUGAUGGACAAGAAGAGAAACAUACGCAAUAUGUCUGUGAUCGCUCACGUUGAUCAUGGAAAGUCGACACUGACCGACUCCCUGGUAUCCAAGGCUGGUAUUAUUGCCAGUGCUAGGGCCGGUGAAACUCGCUUCACAGAUACACGAAAAGAUGAGCAGGAACGGUGCAUCACUAUCAAGUCCACGGCCAUCUCCAUGUAUUUCGAACUGGAUGACAAGGAUCUGGUGUUUAUCACGAACCCCGAUCAGCGUGACAAGGGAGAGAAAGGAUUUUUGAUUAAUUUGAUUGACUCUCCUGGACACGUGGAUUUCUCUAGUGAAGUGACGGCUGCCUUGCGUGUUACUGAUGGAGCUCUCGUUGUGGUAGAUUGUGUAUCAGGUGUGUGCGUUCAGACCGAAACUGUGCUGCGGCAGGCCAUCGCCGAGCGAAUCAAGCCGGUACUGUUCAUGAACAAGAUGGACCGAGCACUGCUGGAGUUGCAGCUUGAGGCCGAGGAACUGUACCAGACCUUCCAGCGUAUCGUCGAGAAUGUCAACGUGAUCAUUGCCACUUACAGCGACGAUUCUGGGCCCAUGGGAGAAGUGAGGGUGGACCCGAGCAAGGGUAGUGUGGGUUUUGGCUCUGGUCUGCAUGGCUGGGCUUUUACCCUCAAGCAGUUUGCCGAGAUGUACGCUGAGAAGUUUAAGAUUGACGUUGUAAAGCUUAUGAAGAGGCUUUGGGGAGAAAACUUUUUCAAUGCCAAGACCAAGAAAUGGUCAAAGCAGAAGGAAGACGAUAACAAAAGAUCCUUCUGUAUGUAUGUCUUGGAUCCUAUUUACAAGGUGUUCGAUAGCAUAAUGAACUACAAAAAGGAGGAAGCUGCUAAUCUGAUGCUGAAGCUGAACAUCGAGCUUAAAGCCGAGGACAAGGACAAGGACGGAAAGGCACUUCUUAAGGUUGUGAUGAGAUCAUGGCUGCCGGCUGGUGAAGCUUUGCUUCAGAUGAUUGCCAUUCACUUACCGUCGCCCGUCGUAGCGCAGAAGUACCGUAUGGAGAUGUUGUAUGAAGGACCACUCGAUGAUGAGGCGGCUAUUGGCGUUAAGAAUUGCGACCCCAAUGCUCCACUAAUGAUGUAUAUCUCUAAGAUGGUGCCUACUUCCGACAAGGGACGAUUCUAUGCUUUUGGUCGCGUCUUCUCCGGAAAGGUUGCAACAGGAAUGAAGGCCCGUAUCAUGGGCCCAAAUUAUGUCCCAGGCAAGAAAGAGGAUCUAUACGAAAAGGCCAUCCAGCGAACUAUUCUGAUGAUGGGGCGUUACGUCGAGGCCAUUGAGGAUGUCCCUAGUGGUAACAUCUGUGGAUUGGUCGGUGUGGAUCAGUUUUUGGUGAAAACUGGUACCAUCACAACGUUCAAGGAUGCCCACAAUAUGCGCGUAAUGAAGUUCAGUGUGUCCCCUGUCGUGCGAGUUGCCGUGGAGCCCAAGAACCCUGCCGAUCUGCCGAAACUAGUAGAAGGUCUGAAACGUCUGGCAAAAUCUGAUCCUAUGGUUCAGUGCAUAAUUGAGGAGUCUGGCGAACACAUCAUCGCUGGUGCUGGUGAAUUGCAUUUGGAGAUUUGUCUGAAGGAUUUGGAAGAAGACCAUGCUUGCAUUCCUCUCAAGAAAUCUGAUCCUGUUGUAUCGUAUCGUGAGACGGUAUCUGAAGAGUCUGACCAAAUGUGUCUCUCAAAGUCGCCCAACAAACACAACCGUCUCUUUAUGAAGGCACAGCCCAUGCCUGAUGGUCUAGCUGAAGAUAUUGAUGGGGGAGAGGUGAACCCACGUGAUGAGUUCAAGGCACGGGCUCGCUACCUGGGUGAAAAAUACGAAUAUGACGUCACAGAAGCCCGUAAGAUCUGGGCCUUUGGUCCUGACGGUACAGGUCCGAACCUUCUCCUUGACUGCACGAAGGGUGUCCAGUACCUGAAUGAAAUCAAGGACUCGGUUGUGGCUGGGUUCCAGUGGGCAACCAAAGAGGGGGUUCUGGCAGAGGAGAACAUGCGUGGCGUACGCUUCAACAUUUAUGAUGUGACGCUGCACACAGAUGCCAUCCACAGAGGUGGCGGUCAGAUCAUUCCUACAACUCGACGCUGCUUGUAUGCUUGUAUCCUCACAGCCCAGCCCCGACUCAUGGAACCAGUUUAUUUGUGUGAGAUUCAGUGUCCAGAAGUCGCUGUUGGUGGUAUCUAUGGCGUGUUGAACCGACGAAGAGGACACGUGUUUGAAGAAAUGCAGGUGGCAGGAACACCCAUGUUUGUAGUUAAGGCUUUCUUGCCUGUGAAUGAAUCAUUUGGCUUCACAGCAGAUCUGCGUAGCAAUACAGGUGGACAAGCAUUCCCACAGUGUGUGUUCGACCACUGGCAGGUCUUGCCUGGUGACCCACUGGAUGCCAGCACAAAGCCCUAUAUUGUUGUACAGGAAACCCGCAAAAGGAAGGGACUGAAGGAAGGUCUUCCAGAUCUUACUCAAUAUUUGGAUAAAUUGUAAAUGUUCAUGAAGUUAGGUGCGGUGUACAAAGUAUUUAAUCAGUUACAAAAAAAAUUAUAUAUCAUUACAUUUGAAAUCUACCCAUGACUGAACACUGGAUGGUGUGUGCUUUGAGAGAAGCUGGGAGGGAAGGGGGCAAAUUUGCAUUUUAAUGUGGCCUGUGAAGGCUCUGAUUCAUCCAUGUACAUGAUCAGAAAAAUGAGAGGAGAAUGUUAUACUGUAUGCACCCAACAUGCCUGCUUCAUUGUUUGAUUGUCUACGCCACUGGCUUUAUUUGAAGAAGUACUGCAUCAUUUAAGGGGUUACAGAAUAAAAACUUCGGACAGAU